UGCUGGAGCCUGUCAAUCGCUAUCGUGGGCAGUCUGUUGCCGGGAUCUGUCUCCUCCAGAACAAAAUUCUUAUCGAGUAGAGUAUCAUCCCCUUUGUGCAGCCGAGAACUCACUGCCUCUUCUUAGCCGCAUGGGUCCAAGCAAAGGCCAGACCUUGUCAGCCUCGGUUUCCCACGUGGGGAUCAUGGCUUAUCUGUCUGGCGCAAGUGGCUACCGUAUCUGGCUGAAUCAUGCAGAAUGGCGGUAACGAAACUGUGGCGUCGACCCAGGCCGGAGCAGACCAGAGGCUCUUCCAGAGACUCUUCCUCCGAUACCGUGGUGGUGUUUGCCAUACCGAGAAACCAUACUUCAUAUCACCUGCGGAGCCAUCGACCAAGCCUCAAACAUGCACAAUUUGGAGGCUCUCCGCUCCGGGACUUACAAGACCAGCGGCCUGGCUAAGCUGAAGUUGGUUGGCCCUCUAGAAUCGUUUCCAACUGAAAUCCUUGAGCUUGGCGAGACCUUGGAGCAUCUGGACCUCUCAGGCACGGGCUUGUCCACCUUGCCCGAUGAGUUUGGCACUCGGCUGCCUCGGCUCAAGAUCGCCUUCUUCUCCGACUGCAACUUUGCCACGUUCCCCAGGGGGCUGGCGGGAUGCCCUUUUCUCGAGAUGGUCGCGUUUCGUGGAAACGGCAUGACGACCGUCCCAGAGGACUCGUUCCCUCCGCGUCUUCGAUGGUUGAUUCUGACCAACAACCAGAUCGAAAGGCUGCCUGCCAGCAUCGGGACCUGCUCGCGACUCCAGAAGUGCAUGUUGGCGGGCAACCGCCUGACAGAGCUGCCAGACGAAAUGUCCUCAUGCCAGAAGCUCGGCCUGCUGCGGCUCUCGGCGAAUCGCCUCGCGAAGCUCCCCAACUGGCUAUUUGAACUUCCGGAGCUGGCAUUUCUCUCAUUUGCUGGUAACCCAUGCGCCUCCACAAGGUUCAACUCGGGCAGAGCUCGGCGGAACUCAAUGAGCCUCCCCCAAAUUCACUGGUCCAACCUCGAGAUCCACCACAUACUGGGUGAAGGUGCCUCUGGCAUCAUUUCCAAAGGCGUGCGUCGGUGCUCCAAAGGGUCCAGGUCGGAAGAGGAGGUGGCAGUCAAGCUGUUCAAGGGCUCGCUCACGAGCGAUGGCACUCCCGCCGAUGAACUCGAAGUCUGCAUGUCGGCGGGCUCUCAUGAAAACCUCAUCGAUGCCCUGGGGAGAAUCCACGGCCACCCAGACGCGUCGGCAGAGGAAUUCCGCGGCGGGCUUGUCAUGCAGCUGAUUCCUCCCUUCUACCGUACUCUCGGCAAGCCCCCAACGCUGGAAAGCUGCACGAGAGACCACUACGAUCCGGAUGCUGCCCUCUCGCCCGAGGCCGCUAUGGGUGUGCUGUCAGGUAUCGCAUCAGCGGCGCGACACCUCCACGCCAACGCCAUCGCACACGGAGACCUGUACGCGCACAACAUCCUCGUCAGCGGUGAUGGCCAUGCACUACUUGGGGACAUGGGUGCCGCCACCAUCUACGGCGACCAGCGGUUCCCGCUUUUAGAGAAACUCGAGGUGCUGGCCUUUUCGCACCUGAUCGAAGACGUCCUGGGGCUGAUGGGCCGCGGUAGCCACGACGACCAUGCAGAGGUGAGGGAGCAGCUGCAGGAUAUCCAUCGACAAUGCUCGGCACCUCACCCGUCCGACCGGCCAGGCUUCGCCGCCGUCAUUGAAGCUUUGCGGGGGCCUGCAGAGUUGGUGAAUAAAGCUUCAUUGCCCAACUGAGACACCUCAUGCCAUUUAAGAAGUCGUCAGAGUUGGGAGAGACCAAUGCGCAAACGCCAGUGGCUUGUCACUUUCGCCAUGUAUCCAGUCGGCUAUUCAUCAGCGCCGUCCAGUCAGGGCUCAAAUCACCCUGCCGGCAACUCCGGCCACGGCCGAGGUACUUCUAUGACAUACAAACCUACACACGGCACAGUAAAACCUGUCGAGCGACGUUUCGUCCUCUUUUGGUUAGCCUACCAAGGCAACCUUUUUUUUUUUAGUUUCGGCUUCCCCGCGAGAUCGAUCGUCGUGCAGGCCGAAUAUCAGAUACCGGGGAUGGCUUGAUCAAGAGCUUCUAGGCCGGCCUCUAUCCCUAUAACGUCAGCUGGUUUCUUCUCUCCCACUCUCCCUUGCAAAGUGAAGCACGGCUGUCAGUGGUUGGGGGAGCACUUCCCCACCAGCGAUCGGCUGGCACACAUUAGCUCAGCCAGGAAGUGAUUGCUACAGACAGUGUGCCACGAAAAUCAC